AUGACAGCCUCUCAGAUCGCUCUGAGUAAUUGCUCUGGAGAGGGUACAAGUGAUAAUCUAUUUCUGGCUAUUAUGGCAUUUGAUCGCUACCUUGCCAUCUGCUGGCCUCUACAUUACCCAACUCUUAUGAUUGGACGACUCUGCUCCAAUCUUGUGGUCAGCUGCUGGGUACUUGGUUUCCUCUGGUUCUUAAUUCCCAUCAUCAUCAUCUCCCAAAUGUCCUUCUGUGGAUCCAGGAUUAUUGACCACUUCCUGUGUGAUCCAGGCCCCUUGUUGGCCCUCACCUGUACUAGAUUCCCUGUAAUAGAGUUAAUGAGCUCCACCUUAAGUUCUCUGCUCUUAUUUAUUCCCUUUCUUUUCAUCAUGGUGUCCUAUGCUCUGGUCCUGAGAGCUGUGUUGAGGGUCCCUUCAGCAGCUGGACGAAGAAAGGCCUUCUCCACCUGUGGGUCCCAUCUGGCUGUGGUUUCCCUUUUCUAUGGCUCAGUGAUGGUCAUGUAUGUGAGCCCAACAUCUGAACAUGAAGCUGGAAUGCAGAAAAUAGUGACUUUGUUUUAUUCUGUAGUCACUCCAUUCAUUAACCCUGUAAUAUACAGCCUGAGAAACAAAGAUAUGAAACGUGCUAUGAAGAAAUUAUUAGGAACAUAA